GUAAUAUAGUAAAGAAGCCUCAUCCGCCAUCGUCUAACUCUUAUCCAAUUUUCCCUAUAUAAUCUCUACUCAAAAUGUCAUCCCAAGAAUUGUCCAUCCCCAUUUCUCCCUCCAUAACCCUCCAUACCCUUGUCUCCACCCCGGCUCAACCCUCUUCCCGCCCCUCUCUCCUCCUCCUUCAUUUCUGGGGCGGCUCUCACCACACCUACCACCCCUCCAUCUCCCUCCUACAAGACCACUACCAGAUAAUAGCCCCCUCCCUCCGCGGCUGGGGCAUGUCCAGUGCGCCCGUCGACGUAACCGCCUACCGCAUCGUCGACUACGUAGCCGACAUCGUCGCCCUCCUCCUGCACCUAAAUACGCAACAACUCGCACUCUCAGCGAACGGAGUCAUCGUAGUCGGGCACUCCAUGGGCGGCAAACUCGCGCAAGUUCUUCUGAACAACGUGGAAGUGGCGUCGCUUGUAAGGGGAUUGAUUCUCAUCGCGCCCGCACCGGCUGGCAGUUUUGCGCUCUCGGAGAACAUGCGCGCGCAGCAGAUCCACGCUUACGAUAGCGUUGAGUCGGCCUCGUUCGUGGUGGAGAAUGUCCUGCUUGGGGAGGCGGAGAAUGUGACUGAAGCGACGAGGGUAGAUUUGGCUAAGGGGAUGGUGGCCGGGAGUCCAGGAGCGCGAGCGGCGUGGCCGGAGUACGGGAUGGCGGAGGACUAUGAACGAGCUGUGGUUGGAAGCGUGGAGCGGUAUCAACGCGAGCAAGGUGUGCUGAAGGUUUUGAUUAUUGCUGGUGAACUGGAUCGCGUCGAGGAGCCUGGGAAUGUGGAGAGUAGGGUUGCAGUGGUGUUGAGGAAUUCGGGCGCGGAUGUGAAGAUUGAGCAGAUAGCUGGGGUAGGGCAUCUGAUCCCGUUAGAGGCACCGGAGAGCAUGGCGGCUGCUGUUACCGCUUUCGUGGAAAGCCUCUAAUAGAGGGAGUAGCAAUAACUUAAUCACGCUAGAGAUUAGUAUUUAUAUAGCUUAUAGUCUGGUCAACCUGCCAUCAAGUCUCGCUCGUGACAGACCAAGAGACUUCGAUUG